AUGCUACGACGAGGCAUAGACAAGCAGGAGAGAAUGGCAUAUGUCAAUCAUUCGGGUAAAGUUAGGGAAUGGGUUGCCCACAAGAUCGCAUGUCGUAAUGAUGUCGCCUGGAUGUUUGAGCAAUGGGAUGGUGAUAACGACGGAUUGCUCUCCAAGGACGAACUGAUGCCGUUGGAAGGGAAUGGCCGCGAAUCCUGCUUGGCUCAGUUCAUCGAUAUGUGCGAUGAUAUGGUGGUUGAUGGUCAGAUUUCUGUUGAUGAAUGGUGUGAUUGCUUCUCGUUUGCCGACGACCUUCGUCAUGAACCACCUUGCCACAAAGAGAAGCAUUCCGUUGAUCCCCACAUGACCGGGGUUGUCAUUCCAGGAGCGUUCCUACCACGAUGUGAUCUGGAAGGUUAUUACCGUCCCGAACAAUGCCAUAAUGGUUACUGUUGGUGCGUUGAUCGCUUCGGACGUGAAUUCGAUCAUUCCCGUACCAAAGGCGAACUGCCUGACUGUGGACAGUACUCCAACGAGCUCAACGAUGAUGAGAAGUCAGACCUUGAACACCGUCUUUAG